AGUGGAAUUUACAUUCUUUAUUUAGUUGUAAAAAAUUUUAUAUGAUUAUUAUAAAAUGAUAUAUUAAUUUUUUACAAUUAAUCUAAUAUAUAAUUAUUUAUUUAAUAAAAAAAUUGCCAUCAUAAAUGUUUUACAGAGAUAUCCUUUUCAUAUUUAAUUCUUACAAUAUUGUUUUAAAUUUGAUCCAAAUUAUUAUAUGAUUCGGGUUGGAUUUAUAAUAUAAUACAGUUUGUAUUUCUUUAUCUCACAAAUAUUUUAAAUUUAACACGUCCAGAUCUUUUAUUGUUCAUUAAUAAGAAUCCCAUUAUCGAAUUAAAUAAAAAAUCAACAUGGCGUUAUAAUAUAUAAUAUAUAACGUAUAAAAACUUACAAUUUUACAUACAAAUAUUUUCUAAACUAUUGAAUUUUAAUAAUUAAAACUAUUACUUUUCGAUUUUACACACCAAAAUCUAUAAAAAUAUAAAUUUAAAAAUAUAAUAUCAAACUUCAACUUUAUAUUUAAGAUAACAAUUUAUAAAUAUAUUCCAUUUUUACAAAAAUAAGCGGUCAAUCUGAUAAAAGUUAUAAAAUAUGAUACUCUUAACACAAUUACUUACUUGCAUUAAAAAUUCUAAUUUUCUUGUGAAAAGUACUACUACUAAUUUAGCAUGUGUGAGGUAUGCAUCAAAGAAAGCUAGUUCUAGUACACGUAAUGCACCUAUUCGCGUAAGACCAAAACAUAGAGGAUGGAGAGUACAAGAUGGAUAUUAUGUUAAAGAAUCUACAAUAUUAGCUACACAACUUAAGCCUAGAUUUCAUCCAGGAUUAUAUGUUGGUUUUGGAAAAAAUGGUACAUUAUAUGCUUUAGAAAGUGGAAAAGUAAUGAUUACCUGUGAAAAGAUUAAUCCAAAUAUGUCUCAUUCUUGGACUAAACGGAAUUAUGCAGACAGAAAAAAUAGUGUUAUAUAUAAAAAACAUUUUAAUAUUAUUCCUGAAUCACAACAUAAUAGAUUUAUAUUGAUUGAUACUCUUUAAGUGAAAAUACUUAUAUUGCAUUAUUUGAAUUAAUUGUAAAUUAAAAAUAUAAAUAAAAAAAAAUUAUUUAA